GAGUGCUUCGAAUGCCCAAAUAACGGCAGAAUUGAGUGGCGCAAAAGCAUUUCACCAAUGCGAGGGGUUGUAUUAGUUUGUUUACAACAAUUCGGUUUCAGUAUCAAAUGCGUUGCCCUCGUGGUUAAAACGCGCUAACGGUCAACCGCUAAAAAAAUAAAAACAAAAUAAUAAAAAAAUACACUUUAUAUCGCACAGGGCGCACAGAUUUAAAAAAACUCGACAAAAACAAAAAGAAAAAAAAAUAAAAAAAAAAAACACAAAUCAAAUACGAAGUGCCAAGUUCUGCAAUAACUGCUCGACUUUCUUCAAGGAAGCAGCCGACCCAUUUAUUGGCCAACGCCUGAACGAUUUAUAUCCGAUCGCCCGCUUGACACAGAAAUCGGACGUGCUUAAUAUGUCGUCGUCGUCGUCGAAAUUGGAUAAGGAAUGCCCCUAUACCAUAGAGGUUGUGCAGCCAGAAGAUACGGCUGCAGUUCUAACCAUGCUAAAGACUUUCUUCUUUAAGGACGAGCCACUCAAUACAUAUCUAGAUCUCGGCGAGUGCAAAGAGCUGGAAGAGUACUCAGUGAAACCGCUCAAGGACAAUUGCUCAUACAAGGCAGUCAACAACAAAGGCGAAAUUAUCGGAGUCUUCAUCAAUGGUCUAAUGAAAAAAGCUGACCCAUCAGAUCCCGUUGAAAAGGCAGCCGAUAGCUGCUCACAUCCAAAGUUCAAAAAGAUACUCAGCCUAAUGGAUCACAUAGAGGAUCAGUUUAACAUCUUUGACUUGUAUCCGGAGGAGAACGUCAUUCUGGAUGGCAAGAUACUCUCCGUGGAUAGCAAUUACCGUGGCUUGGGCAUUGCCGGCAAACUAACGGAACGUGGCUAUGAGUAUAUGCGCCUCAAUAAUAUAUCCGUUUACCAUGUUCUGUGCUCCAGUCACUUUUCGGCUCGUGUUAUGGAGAAGUUGGGCUUCCAUGAGGUCUACAAAUUGAAUUAUGCUGACUACAAGGAUGGGUCAAUGUUUAAGCCUGCCCUGCCACAUGUGGCAGCACGCAUACUGGUCAAAGAUGUGGACAAAGCCAAGUCCAAGUCGACGUUGUAAUUGCUUCAACUAGUUGCGAGAGCAAUUUUGCAUUUUUAAUAGGAAAUAUGUGAUUUUUAGUUUAUAGUUCGGUGGCGGGCUAUCAAGAAUCGUAAAUUCAUUUCAUUCUAUUUUCUGUUAAAACCAGUAGAGAAAUUAACUGAGUACAA